AUGUCUGUCGAAUCUGCGACCCCUACGAUACCUCCUGUUGUCGAGACCACUACCCCGCCAUCAGCAGUUCCAACCUGUAAAGUCGUCCUAGCGAACACAAUUGCAAAGAGCUUGCUUGGAGAGGUGGCACAAGGGCUGACAGAGCUGGACUUCAAGCCGAAGUUGGUUGGGUUCCUUGCAAACGAGGAUCCUGCUGCUCAAGUGUAUGCUGAGUACUCGGCCAAAACUUGCAAAGAGAAUGGCUUUCUUUUCGAAAUCCGUAGUAUCUCAAAGGAGGACGUCGAAGAAGCAAUUCUAGCUGCAAACGCGGACCCCUCAGUCCACGGCAUCAUCGUCUACUACCCUAUCUUCCCGAGUCCCUCACGACAAGAUUACUACAUCCAACAGCUCGUCUCCCCUGCGAAGGAUGUCGAAGGUCUUUCUCACACAUACGUAUUUAAUAUGUAUCAGAACAUCCGAUUCCUUGACCCUCCUACAAAUCAGCACAAGUCGAUCUUACCAUGCACACCUCUAGCGGUUGUCAAGGUCCUUGAGCACUUGCAAAUAUACAACACUGUUAUCCCGUAUGGAAACCGGCUGUUUGGAAAGACUGUCACUGUAAUCAAUCGCUCCGAGGUUGUUGGCAGGCCAUUAGCUGCUCUCCUCGCGAAUGACGGAGCGAAUGUCUACUCAGUCGACCUGGAUGGCGUCCAGCUUUUCACUCGCGGCACUGGAAUCAAGAACCACAAGCAUGAGGUCCAUCCAAAAGAGGGCUGGGAAUUAGAGCGGUGUCUAGCAUUAAGCGAUGUUGUGAUCAGCGGUGUACCAGGUAAAAAUUACAAGGUAGACUCAAAUAAGAUCAGAGACGGAGCUGUCUGCAUCAAUUUCUCUAGCGAGAAGAAUUUCGAUACUGCAGCAGUAAAGGAACAUGCUAGUAUAUAUGUACCGGCGAUUGGAAAGGUCACUAUUGCUGUUUUGCUCAGGAAUCUUUUAAGGCUUUCUAAGGAUAACGUAGUGAAUAAACCUUAG